AUUAUGCGUCAUAUAACUCUGUAGACUAAAUGAACGAAACAAAGGAGAUGUGACCAACAAGUACAUGUAUAUCCUUUGUUUUUAUAUAACGUAGUUCACAGUUAUACAUCAAGUUAACAAGCCAGCAGUCAUCUAGAUCUCGGUUAGCAGACAAAGUUAUAAUGGCAUGGCGUCUAGAAAGUGCUCCAAGGAUAUGUAUGUAUCACCAAAUCGUACAAAGAUCCCGGAUGUAUUUGUUAUUCAAGACUAUUCUACCUCACCUCCGAAUUCUUCCGGUCUUCAAAGUCAUUUAUCACCGUCAUUUGGCGGUUACCUCUCCCCGGACUGUAAUUCUUCCGUUUACACAAGGUCAAACAGUACAGUGUCAUCCAUCUUUGAUUUGUCGUUUGAAAGUGAACAACUUGACCGAUCUCUUAGAGCGAACGACGCGUUUGCAGUUUCUAAAAUAUUACAAAUACAUUAUGGGAAGUUCCCUAUUAACUUUCGGAGCUCGACUCCUUGGGAUAGACAUAGUGUUGAUACCAGAGGCAGACGACCAAGUUCAAGGUCACAGGACCAAGAUGUUUACUGUCGGAGGCAACCAACACACUUUUUGGGGGACGGGUUUGAUAGACGUGAAAGUGUUACACCAGAGUGCGAUAUACCGGACAUUUUCAGAACUGCACUUCAUGUUGCUGUUAUGCACAAUUCAUUGGAAGUUAUUGAAGUUCUUUUAAAAUAUGGCAUAGAUCCGAAUGAGCCGAGAUCAAGUUUAAUUAACACUGAAAGACGUCUUUCGUCAUUUUUAGUAGAUGGCAAUAAACUCAGGCCAGAUUGUGUCAUAGAAGAAUCAUUAGAAUGUAAUUCUGAAGACAGUUUAGUAAAUAAAACAUCAUCUGAUAACCUAACAUUAACGGUACCCGUCCCAAUUAUUAAUGCUCCCAUCCCGCCUAUUCCAACAUCGCCUCCAAUUCCUCCAGUUGACACCGCUAGAAAGCAAAGCUCUGCAUCACACGAUACGACUAGACCACGAGCAUCAUUUGCGAUAUCACUCGACAAUGAAAUAUGCUAUACAACGGAAGAAUUGUUUAAUCUCCCUCCAAUAUUUAUAGCUAUACAAGAAAAACGAGAUAUUGCUGUGAUAUUUCUAUUACAAUACGGCGCUGACGCAAACGUUCAAGACCGCGCCGGAAAUACACCGUUACAUGUGGCGGCAACAGAUUCAUGUUAUGACCAGAAUAUUUGUACAGUAUUAAUACGGCAUGGUGCUAGAAUAAAACAAAGCAAUAAACAUGGACAAACACCGCUUGAUUUCCGCCAAGGUCUCUAUGAUAUGCAAAUUAGCGUUGUUAAGGAGAUGUUGUCAGGGAAAAGUAGUACGAUCAGUCUUGAUAAAUGUCUAGAAGCUAAUAAACAAGGUAAAAGAAUCUCGCUGUCAAGUUCUGCGGACUCCGGCUCUAGAAACACGAGUAGGUCUGGCAGUAUCAAAAAACGUUUCUUCAAGAGAGGCGAGUUACGUGAGAAGGAAAAGGUUACACGUGAGCGACGCCGAUUAGAGAGUACAUCUACAGGCACGGACAUGUUUUCCGACCAUUCCAAUGCCAGUUCAUACAGAAGCACGUGUAGCAGGAGUAGGAUACAGUCUAUGGCGGUAACAGAAGACAUGGAUAUGGACAUUCAUCUGCAAGUUCCAGUCUUGUACAAUGAACGGAGCAGUGGUAGUGAAGUUAGUAUUAGUAGAAGUGCUGUCGGCAGUUACGACAAAAGUAUAAGUAGCGGUAAGAGCGGAGGAAGUGGGAUGUCUUUACGACGUGGAGAUAAAACUAAGCACCGGAACAGCUGUGCGCCGGACGGUGCAGAUCGUUCCUCUAUUGAUGACACAGAGAAGUCAUUAAAGGCGCUAAUCAAACUGGCAGGUAACCCAGAAUGUGUGUCGCCGCUCGUAGAAGGACUUGGUAACUUCAUGAAGCUCGUACUCGCACUGACAGAACAUGCCGAGUCAACCGCUGUAGAGAACGCCAUUAGUCAAUUGUUUAACACAAUCAUCCAGACGACAUAUGAACAGCUCAAGGAAUGUAAGCAAGCAGAAGAAAGAUUAAAUAGUUUCUAUGAUCUCUCCAAACUUUUGAUCAUCGGCUUUGAAUUGUUGAAAGGCAAGCAGAGUCUUCAUUUCACAGCGCUGUGUACUAUAAAUAGAAUUAUCGAUAUAUGCGUUGUUUACAAAAAUUACGAGGUGAGUGCGUUGACAAAAAGUGCCGAACAAGUGUCUACCAGUGAUUUGUAUCGCGGUUCCAGUCCAAAACGGAAGGGAAGUCAUAAUACGUCUGAAGAAAAUACGGCUCUUAAUCGUCACUUCUCGCUUACUAAACGAGAACGGCGAAUGAGUCACGAUGCGCACUCUAAAGGCGACCUUCAUGAACGCCACGCAGACGACAGGGAAGAUUCUAAAUCUAGCAAUACAUCUAAUUGCACGCAAGUGCAUAGAACCCCUCUUGAAAUUCUCACAUCAUGUGACCCUAGUCAGAUUCUCAGUAUUUUACAUAACAAUAUCACCAUGCAUAAGCGGAUUAUCGGAACCCGGCAAAAAUGUACACCAAGUACAAGAUGGCGUCAGUGCACGCACCAUUGUUUACAAAUAUUCAGUGCCCGGAUAUUAACUGUGAUGUGUCACGGGCCAAAUGUUCAGCAUAAACUGGUCAACGACGGUCAUGCGAAAACGUUAGUUGAAGCGCUUGACCCCAAUCAUGACCCCCAUUUGUUGUGCCUUCUACUACAAAGCCUAUCUUCAAUUGCCCUAAACCCCUCCUAUCAUCAAGUGUUAACCGACGCCGACAUUGCCGAUAUGUUGAUGCAGCUUCUUUUGCCGUCGGAUGAGUGGUAUUACACAAACCACAGCACCAAGUACGCAAAAUACGUGAAAUAUCACGCCGCUCGCAUUUUGGUAUACCUCGGACAACUCCAUAGGCUUGGUGGUCGUGUUGAUCUCUUUGAUACAAAAGUUUUUCAAGAUGCUGUGUCUAACAAUCCAAUACUUCAAGUGAAUAGUCCAGAAGAUAGUUUUAUAGAGCUAAUGGCACUAGGUCGUAUAGUGAUGUGGAAUGAUAAACAACAUAUAGAGGCUGCCUCACUUGAGGGUCUUAUAACUCAUGUGAUUGAGGAAGUUGUAUGCGAGGAGCUGGAGGACAGGAAUGUAUCACCUCGGAUAUCCGUGUCUAGUUCUGUUCAGAGCUUUUGUUGGACAUUUAAGGGACAUCAUGACUUUACCACUCCAGCCGUGUCCCCAACAUGUUCCGUUCAAACUUUGAAUAAUGUCGGAUAUAAGUCUUUCCGCGAAUUUUUAUUGAUGACACUGCCCCUGAUAGUUCAUCCAGUGAUAACUCUAAGAUUACUCGCUCACAAAAUGUUUGGGAAUAUGAUUCGGAGGAAAAACGUACGCUCCCAAGAUGCGAAAUUGAAACCACCGACGGAGGAGAAUAUUAACGCGGAGGUGAAAUGCCCACCGCGGAGUAAUUCAGAAAGUGCCAAGUGCUUUGAACAAAGAUUGAAUUCAAAGCAACAGAAGGUAUCCACAUCUUCUGGUGACCAGGGUAGGGACAGAAGUAAAACUAUUGCUGUAUAUAAUAAACACGGAGCAACAUGUAGUGGUGAUGCAAAUGGGACCAAUUUAGCUUUACGGGCUAUAGGUGAAAGCUUAGUUACUCCGUUAGAAAUGAAUAUACAUCCGGGUCCAAGUCCAAUUACAGAACAUAGACAAGUUUGUGCUACUCAAUCGGAAUCGUUUAAAGAUACCAAGCCGAGAUUAUUUCGAUGGCAGAGCAAGAAACUUUUGUCAAAAUCUCAAACCAGUAUACGCUCACAAGACGACUCUUUGUUACUAAAAACAAAAGACCCGGAUCUCGCGUCAUCCCAUGACGUAGAUAUCAUAGCAUUCCAAAGGGAGCUAAUAAACUUGCCAACAUUCGUUAUGGACACGCCAUUAGAUAUUUCGCCAGUCUUUUCUCGCUCAAGUUCAGUACCUGAAAACCUCGCUGGACGGUUAAAUGCUACAACCGGUUCUCUAUGCCAGUUGUCUGCUCAUAGCUCGAGAAAAAGGCUUAGUAAGUCAGGUUGUGGGUCCGAGCAGGCAGUGUCUUCCCUCGUACAUUCCGGAUCUGCCGUGGCAAUUACGAUGACAGAUGUAAAUCACCACGAUUCUGUGUUCUUUUUACCGUCGGAAGAAUCAACUACAGACACUCCCGACGAGAGCGUUGCUAACAUUAUAGUUCAUUUUGACCCUCCACAAUCCCCCAUGCUGUCUAGUGCUAGUGGAAGUCCUCAUACCUUUGACUUCCCACCACCGUCUUUUGGAAACAAUCUGUUACAACCGCUCAAUAAUACGACGAAUUCUUCCAGUGCAAACAAUGCUUUAUCUACAAAAGCGCCAGCUAGCACCAGUGAUGAAAGUCAUGUUUUGGCUACAUUAGCUGAAAAGAAUUCGGACGUGUCGGAUUCUAAAAACUCAUUGAUACGACCGGAUAUAUUAAGGAUAAGUCCAAUAACUAGCCCAAUAAAUGAAAUGCCUAUUGCCCACCAAGGUGUUCUACGUGUGAUCGAAACAUGGAUUACUGUGUGCAAAUCUGACCUUGAAGGGACACAACUUGUGGUGCAUGAAAUGAGGGAUUUUUUGAAAAAGUUAUCUGUUCUUGGACCAGAGUAUAAAGUCUGGUGUCAAAAGAUUUUAGGCGCUCUUCAUCUAGAGGAGAAAUUAGCAGCGGACGAAAAUAGUGAAUCACCGGACGAUGGUCUUCAUGCGCAAUACAAACAGCUCCAGGAAUUAAUUUUGUCUGGCGAACUGCCAUGUUCAAAAGAAGAAGCUGCAACAUUGGCGGGUAUCCAACUUCAUUUAGAGGAGGCGUGGCCUGAAAAUGAGAUGACCAAUCAUAAUGGGCCUUACAGACUUGUCGAUAAAAAGAUGACAGACCAGGCCAGGAAGAGUUCCAGCAAUGAAGAAAAACAGGAAAACCUUAGGAAAAAGAAAGAGUUGAUCCGAAACAAUAAAGCAAGGGGGAUCACUCUAAGUAGACGGAAGGGGAGACUUGUCCGGCAAUUAUCAUGUAUGAGUGACAAUGAGCCUGAUAGCCAAGUCGAGAUUGAUUUAACAAAAUAUCUACCACCGCAUUAUACGACUUCCAAAAAAGUGAAAAACCUUAUCGAAGAGAAACAGAAGAAGUUAUGGCAUACACCGUUUUAUGACAGUGAAGUUCAACUUAAGAGUCUGUAUAUCAAAAUAUGUAAAAAUCUGCCGGGAUAUGCCUGUAAACUUUACCAUGUGAAAGAAAUACUGAAAGGAAAUACCCAGAAAAAGGUCAGCCGACUCCUCGGUAUUUCCAGCGAAAGAGUAAUUUUGUUAGAUAACAAAACAAAAAUUUUAGCAAAAUCUCAAAAUAUUUCCGAUUUGGACGAGUGGCGGACCGGAAGCGGCAAAGCACAAGACGGGCUGGUUCUGGAGUUUCGUGGAACAAAAAUAUGGACAUUAUCGAUGUUAUCCCCUGACAGUCUAAAAUCUGUCACUGCUGUAUUGUGGGAUGCAUUAGACAUGCAUGGGCGGUUUUUAAAUAGUACAACGUUGAGAAGAGAAAGUUUUGAAUUCGAUUUUCAGCGUAAACAGUUGACAUUAGCACCAGAUGACGAGGGAUGUUCUAAAUACACGAAAGAGCUCGAGGGCCUUCAGAAGAUUUUGCAUUUUCCGGAAGAAGUCGCGGUCUUGUUAACGGAAGUUGAAUCUCGUCUGUUUCUAAGCGUUCCACCAGCAGAUUACAUACGCCAAGUGACCCUUGACCUAAGUCGGGGAGCAAGUACAAACUCAAAGGUGUCAAAGGUUGAAGAUCUCAUCCAUAGAUUCAACGAGGUGAGCACGUGGAUCACACAGUUGAUUAUCACUCAACCAACACAUGAUAACCGGAAGGCCGUUUUGUCGUGUAUACUAAGAUUACUACAUUACUGUUGGUGUCUUGGAAACUUCAACUCCGCCAUGGAAAUUCUGGCAGGACUUAAAUCAGAAAAGCUGAAACCGUUCUGGUUGCUGUUGUCAGAGGAAGAUUUAUCUACCCUUCACACGCUGUCCGCCGCCAUGUUUUCCCGUGAACCAUCAAUGGAAUACAAGGACGCUGUUAGUGCAGCAUUGGACAUACACGAGUGCAAUGUAGUUCCAUACUUCGGAGGAUUCUUGCGCGACAUCCGGGCGGUGGUGAUGUCGUCACCAAGUAUUGUAGUACUGCCAUCAACAGACGAAGACCACUCGUUAGAGUUUAUAUCGGACUAUCAUGGUGAAGACCGGUUUAUGACGAGAAUCGGUGUGGGAGGGCUUAUCAACAUAGAGAAGUUAAAGAAGGCUCAUGCAAUAUUGAGUGAUAUACAACUAUUCCAAUAUCACAAUAAUCUCGUCGUGGAGCAGGAUGAACAUUCAUAUCUCCGGGCUUUAUCUAAUGAACUAGUUGACGAAGUUUUCUACGAGGCUGGCGAUUCGCAUGAAAGUGACACUGAACUUGAUUUUGAAUCCUAUCAACCAAUCAAACAGCUUUGUAGUGGUCAUGACGUCAUGAUAAUAACGCCAUCUUUUGCCCGUCUAAGUCACCAAUGUUUACAGUUCAUUAAUCAAGGAAGUACGCUUGUCCAUUUGGAGGAAGAAAGUGGUCGAGCUUGUAUGUGUUUCUUAAGACUUGAGGCUGACAAUGCCACACUUACAUGGAAAAAACCGAACUGGAGUGCUUUACGCGGAAAUAUAUCAAGCCUUCCGGAUUAUGUAUUACGCGGAGAUUUCGAUUAUAGCUCAAUACAAGCAAUGUAUACGCGAUACUGUAGUGGUGAAAAUGUGUUUGAUUCAAUGGAAGAGGGCUAUUUGGAUUUAACAGUGAUUAAAGAUGUCAGUUGGGCCCACGAGGACGAUAUCGAUCUCUCAACUACAUCCAAACGAUAUGGACUUGAGGAUAUAACUCCCGAAAAAAAUUGUAUUUGUUUAACAUAUGGUAGUUCAUUAGCUGAAAAUAAACAUCUUCAUUUCGUGGGACCAAAAAAUGUUGUUAAAACAUGGUAUCAGGGACUCCAGACUAUCUGUCUUGCUGUGAAAAAGUUACACAAACAGACGGACAAACGAAUACAGUGGUUAAAGAUGCAAUAUUUACAACUGUUUUAUGAUAGUGAGAAAUGCCAGGGCCCAACCCCUGCUGAAGCAAUACGGGUAUUUGGUGGACGACGAUGGACGCCCGGGGGUCCUCAGGUGAGCAACACCCUCACAGAGAAUACCUCGUCCUUUAAACGUACAUCCAGCUUCGUGAUGGGCUCAAAUAUCUUCAAGAAGAAACCUUCCAGUACAUUUCAAUCAACAAAAGAAACUAGUCCAAAGCCAUCUCAAACACGUGAAGGCUCCAGUUCAAGUCUCAGUAAAAGAAAUAAACGAUCUCCGAGUCCACAAUCCCGCAGUACGCGAACUAGUCUCGGAAGUAAUGUGUUAGCAUGUGACACUAGCAGUGAAACAAACGUAAACAUUCCUUCACCGAAAGAUGGCGCCUCUCGUUCUCAGAGUCACCCGUGCACGUCCAGUUACAUCACUAGGUACAGAACACGACGGCGCACGAGCGUUCUCGGCAAACAUUUAGUGGGAGAGAAUAAGAAUAAUUCCAUUACACAUUCGACACGGUUGUCUUUCUUUGACUUUCUUGAUCUGUUCAGAUCGUUCGCUCUUCGGAGUAGAAAAGACUUGAGAGAUUUGUUCGAACAAUUUGCAAUAGCAAAGCCAAGUGGUUUAAAACAAGGGAGACAAUACACACAUUCCGUCACUAGUGAUGCUAACAUUCUUACAAGAAAUACGAGUUAUGAUCUCAGUCAUUCCACUGACCCAUCUUAUGUCCAGCGCCGUAAAAUAUGUGACGCCAUUGCUGUGGCGAGUAUAUUCGAGAACUGUGCUGGUGUAGAUACCUCACAGAACCGAUGUUUGAGUCUCAAGGAGUUCCGGGAGUUUCUAGAAGACUACCAGGAGGAGCAUCUCGACGACACGGAUAUUUUAUCUCUUAUCAGGAAACACGAACCGGAUACAGUACUUAGAGACAACGGGUUCUUGUCAUUUGAAGGGUUCGCUAAAUAUUUGAUGGACAAAGAAAACUUCGCCUAUCUUUUCGAGAAAACAAAACAUAAUGACGAGGAUAUGGAUCAUCCACUAGCGCAUUAUUACAUUGCCUCAAGUCAUAACACAUACCUUACAUCACAUCAACUAAAAGGUGACUCGUCAGUUGAGCUUUACAGUCAGAUAUUAUUAUCUGGGUGUCGUUGUGUCGAGUUGGAUUGCUGGGACGGUGAUGAUGGACUUCCUAUUAUAUAUCAUGGACACACACUGACCACAAAAAUAUCAUUCAAGUUGGUGGUGGAAGCCAUUAAUAGGAGUGCAUUUGUGACGUCACCAUAUCCCGUGAUCCUCUCGUUAGAAAAUCAUUGUUCCAUAACACAACAACAAAAAAUGGCGCAUAUAUUCCGAACGAUAUUUGGAGACAAGUUGGUCACACAGUUUUUAUUUGACUCGGACUUCACAGACGACCCUGUGUUACCCUCACCGAAUCAACUUCGCUAUAAAAUCCUGAUCAAAAAUAAGAAGAUCUGGGAAGAGGGUGAUCAACAUGCAACAGCAAAAAGAGCUUCAGCGUUUAGUCGGAACUACAGUAUGGUACUGACAGAGAGUGGCACAUCUCAGGACUUUGAUUUUGAGGAUGAUGAUGACGACGAGGAGGACGACGUUACCAUUGUGACGUCGGUAACUAACGUGAAGGAAUCCCGACGAUCUAUGGACAGCCAAGAGAGUCGAACAAGUCCCGACGGUGAUGACAAAGAUGGUCCAAUGCAUCCUUCCGGUUCCUGUGGCGACCUGGCAAGACGAGCGUCAUCUUUGUUCAGUGAAAGGAGUCGACCAAAAAGUCACCCGGAAUUAGACUGGCAAUUUGAUGAUGAUAUACAAGACCCGAAAAGUCAGGUAAAGAAGCCAAAGAAAGCAAGUCAGAUCGCAAAGGAGCUCUCCGAUUUGGUAGUUUAUCUACAAGCUGUAAAAUUCAGAGGUUUAAAUGUCAGUCCAAACUCGUCGAUGAAACAACGUUAUUCUAAACCUGGGGCAGCUAGGAGGUUACAUAGUGGAGUAUCUGGCACGCCACCUGCGUCUCUAGAUCGGGCAGAUCAUAAUAUGAACAUGGGUAUAUCAUUGCGCCAGAAACGUCCAGACAGUACCCCAUCUUGUUACCUAGUCUCAUCUCUCAAUGAAAACAAGGCCAAACAACUAUGUCGCCGUAAUCCGAACCUUGUCAUCAACCAUACAGAGAAACAGCUGAUGCGGAGUUACCCUGCCGCUAUGAGAAUAGAUUCGUCCAAUUUUAACCCUGUUCUAUUCUGGGCAUUUGGCAUCCAAAUGGUAGCUCUCAAUUAUCAAACUGAAGACACAGCGAUUGCCGUCAAUACUGCAAUUUUUGAGCAGAACGGUCAGAGUGGGUAUGUGUUAAAACCGGCGGUAACCUGGGACAAAAGUCACGUGAUGUACAAUCAUUUUAACCCCCUGGAUAAGGAGUUUGACGGUCUUCAUACCACAGUUUUGACAUUACAUGUAAGUAUAAUAUUUAUUACGUUAAUCGGACAAUAUGUCUGUACUAACUACACGGCUAGUACCCAAGUUGAAGUUGAGGUAAUUGGUAUACCUGUAGAUUGUGCCAAACAUAAAACUAAAGUCAUUCCUAGAAACGCUCUCAACCCUAUCUGGAACGAUGUCUUCACAUUUCAGGUGAUGUAUUCGGAGCUGGCAUUUAUCCGUUUUGUGGUGACAGACACUAUAACAAGUCAUAUUGUAUCUCAACGAGUCAUUCCUCUAAAAUGUUUGAGACCUGGUUACAGACAUGUCAGAUUACGGACAGCGACCAAUCAGCCGCUAGAACUAGCUACAAUAUUCAUCUAUUCUAAACACGAGGAGGAGCUGAUAGAACCGUGUAGCCGGCUCGAGUAUUCCCAGGAUUCCACUUCAGCUAUACUGAAAUCUGUGUUCACAAGGGUCAAGGACAUGUCAGAGACGGGCAAGGACGGGAAAGAUAUACAUUUAGCAAAUCCGAUUGGUACCAAGCUUAAGAGACGCAUGUUCUUCAUUAGCGUGUUUGGAGUGACGGCACCUGACGAGUACGUCAUUCUAAAGGUCACCCAGGACACAUCUGUAUAUGACGCCAUAGCUCAGGCGUUAGUGAAAGCUGGACGUACAGAUGAGAAGGUAGCUGAUCAUGUACUGGUAGAGGAUGUACAGAACAGUUGGGAGAAAAAGGAACAAGAGAGGUCCAGCUCACAGAGAAUACUGAGUAUGUCAGAGAAACUGCUACAAGCUCAGAAUAAAUGGAAAGGUGCUGGAAAAUUUGUUCUGAGGAAAGUUAGCACUGACCCGAGUAGCAGAGCGUGGGUUACAUCAAUGCUUGCCAAAGAACAACGGAGAAAGUGUGAUAGUGGUAACAGUCCUUCUGGUGACUGGGACAAAGACGAGCACAUGUUUCUCGUGUGUGUUUACAAUGUUUCCCCCGACCAACCAUAUACCAUUUUCAAGGCGCCUAUAUCCAGUACAUCGCAAGAUAUAAUUACUCAGGCAAUGCGUAAAGCACACCGGUCAGGUGAAGAAGAUCCUAGAAAUUUUUUCCUGCUAGAAGAGCUGGACGUACAGACGGACACUCUCAGUGCCGGCAAGAAAAGAGAUAGCAGUGUAUUCCGACGAAUCUUGUCGGCGGAUGAAAGUGUUUACCAGGCCCAGAAUGAGUGGAAAACUAACGGAAGAUUUGUUCUAGUUGACCGUGAUAUGGUGGAAUUUGACCAAGAUUUGCCUGCGGACAGGAAGAGAAAAAGUGUUCGUGUAAAGGGACCAAUGUAUCAACAUGGUAACGUCUCUUCAACCCUUGCUAGAAAAUUUUGCUCAAAAUUGUCCAGUAAAUCCGAUCAUACAGAUAGCACUACAGCCCCUGAAGAAUCGCCGCUCUUACCAAGGUCACCAACAGGUUUGGCUCUUUGUUUUAGACUGAUACCAUGCGUAUAUUCAAACAGACGACCAAAUAAAUGGCGCCAAAAUGACGAAAGGCAUUAUGGGUCAGCGGCUGCACCUGAAAGUCCGCCUACACCAAUAAAUCUUUCCUUACUGCCAAGCUACACUCCGUACAGUAACGGACAUCAACCGGCCAGUCCAAGUUCCGGGAGCAGUCAGUCCGGAACAUCGAAAUGGAAACGAAUUUUAAAACUAGGCAAAAACUGAUGUUGGCGGUAAAUGUUCGUGUGAAACACAUGUUGAAGCUAUGACAGUAGAUUGUGACACAACAAGGAUAAGAUAGAGCAAAAUAAUGAUUGUAAUUGUAUUAGUAAAGACUUGUGACUAAACAAUAGCAUGUAGACGGGAAAAAGUUUUUCUAUUAUUAUCGAGCGUGUUCAAAAUAUAAUUUAAACUUUAUUGUAAUAUCCAUGUCAAAAUCAUGUUCGUAUUGAUAAUGUUCAUACUGAUAUCAAAUAAUGUAUACACAGAUAUCAAAUAAUGUAUAUACUGAUAUCAAAUAAUGUAUACACAGAUAUCAAAUAAUGUAUAUACUGAUAUCAAAUAAUGUAUACACAGAUAUCAAAUAAUGUACUUAACGAUAUCAAAUAAUGUAUAUACUGAUAUCAAAUCACGUACUUAACGAUGUCAAAUGAUGUAUAUACGGAUAUCAAAUCAUUUACUUAAUGAUAUCAAAUCAUUUACUUAAUGAUUAUCAAAUCAUUUAUUUAAUGGUAUCAAAUAAUGUAUAUUUUGAUAUCAGAUCAUGUUCAUACUGAUAUCAAAUCAUGUUUAUAUUUAUAACACAUCAUGUUCAUAAUGAUAUCAAAUCAUGUAUGCACUGAUAUUUAAAUAAAAAAACUUUCUGAUAUUUGAUUCAUAUCUUGUAAAGGAACGGCUAAUUAUGAUUGACUUUAUGUAGUAAAUUAUGAACUGGCCUAUAAAUACUGAAUAUUUAAAAGUAGUAUAAAACGCAAUUCUAUUUUAGUUUUUGGUGAAUUUUACAGUUGUUUUUUUUUACUAGUCGUGUUUUUGUGCUAGGUGUAAUCAAUAUUGUAUGUUAAGUUGCCAAAAUAUUUAUAAAACAUAGUGCUAUAAUUACAGUGAUAUGUAAUAAUUGUUGUGAUUUUCAAUACCACUCGAAUACGAUCUCUUUGCUCGAGGUUAUGUAUACCAGAACCAACAUCUGUAUAUCCGAGGUCAUGUAUUGGCCAGUCACAAUAUCAGUAUAUCCGUGGUUAUAUAUUGACCAGUCACAAUAUCAGUAUAUCCGAGGUCAUAUAUUGGCCAGUCACAAUAUAAGUAUAUCCGAGGUUAUAUAUUGGCCAGUAACAAUAUCAGUAUAUCCGAUGUUAUAUAUUGACUAGUCACAAUAUCAGUAUAUCCGAGGUCAAAUAUUGGCCUGUCACAAUAACAGUAUAUCCAAGGUUAUUUAUUGGCCAGUCACAAUAUCAGUAUUUCCGAGGUUAUAUAUUGACCAGUCACAAUAUCAGUAUAUCCGAGGUUAUAUAUUGGCCAGUCACAAUAUCAGUAUAUCCGAGGUUAUAUAUUGACCAGUCACAAUAUCAGUAUAUCCGAGGUUAUAUAUUGGCCAGUCACAAUAUCAGUAUAUCCGAGGUCAUAUAUUGGCCAGUCACAAUAUCAGUAUAACCGAGGUUAUUUAUUGGCCUGUCAAAAUAUCAGUAUAUCCGAGGUUAUUUAUUGACUAGUCACAAUAUCAGUAUAUCCGAGGUUAUAUAUUGGUCAGUCACAAUAUCAGUAUAUCCGAGGUCAUAUAUUGACCAGUACCAAUAUCAAUGUAUCCGAGGUUAUAUAUUGGCCAGUCACAAUAUCGGUAUAUACGAGGUCAUAUAUUGACCAGUACCAAUAUCAAUGUAUCCGAGGUCAUAUAUUGGCCAAUACCAAUAUCAAUGUAUCUGAGGUUAUAUAUUGGCCAGUCACAAUAUCAGUAUAUCCGAGGUUAUUUAUUGGCCAGUCACAAUAUCAGUAUUUCCGAGGUUAUAUAUCGGCCUGUCAAAAUAUUAGUAUAUCCGAGGUUAUUUAUUGACUAGUCACAAUAUCAGUAUAUCCGAGGUUAUAUAUUGGUCAGUCACAAUAUCAGUAUAUCCGAGGUCAUAUAUUGACCAGUACCAAUAUCAAUGUAUCUGAGGUUAUAUAUUGGCCAGUCACAAUAUCAGUAUAACCGAGGUUAUAUAUUGACCAGUACCAAUAUCAAUGUAUCUGAGGUUAUAUAUUGGCUAGUCACAAUAUCAGUAUAUCCGAGGUUAUAUAUUGGUCAGUCACAAUAUCAGCAUAUCCGAGGUCAUAUAUUGACCAGUACCAAUAUCAAUGUAUCAGGGGUCAUAUAUUGGCCAGUACCAAUAUCAAUGUAUCCGAGGUUAUAUAUUGGCCAGUCACAAUAUCAGUAUAUCCGAGGUCAUAUAUUGACCAGUACCAAUAUCAAUGUAUCCGAGGUCAUAUAUUGGCCAAUACCAAUAUCAAUGUAUCCGAGGUUAUAUAUUGGCCAGUCACAAUAUCAGUAUAUCCGAGGUUAUAUAUUGGCCAGUCACAAUAUCUGUAUAUCUUUUUAUAAUAAUCCUAAUUAUACAGUUACUUGUAUGUGUUAUUGUGUGUAAUGCAAAAUGUACUCUUACACUGCUGGAACCGAACUCGGUUAGCCUUUGCCACCAGGACAGAAUCAUGUCAGAGUGCCCGUUAAGUCUGACAAAACAAUACAGAAAUAUGUUACCUGACUAACCUAAAAUGUUCAUAUUGAUGUCCCUAAAAUGAUAAUGGAAAGUUCCAAAAUGGUACCUUGACAAGUCCAUUUAAUAAACUACUUAAAAAUACUAAUUCGGGCUACAUUCUUACUACCACUUUAGGCACGCUUUAAAUUUUGUUUUAUAUGAAAUGUAAUUUACUAGGUUAUACAUGUAUGAUAUUGGAGUCCAGUUAAAAUUUAGACAUGCAUUUUUGUAUGAUCAGAUUUUACCAAAACUAUGUGCGCUAUGUAUUGUAAAUAAAUAAAUGUAAUGUUUGUUAUAUCUUUAAAAAUAUUUUAAACAAUGUGAUUACGAGAAAAAUAGAUUUUGAUAUCAUUGUUGAAUUCAUAACUAAACGUAACAGAGACUUGUUACAAGAAAUACAAUCUGUUUCUUGGUGUUUUAGAUAUGCUGUUUAGUUGUUACUGUGGAAUAGCACAUUGUUAUUCGUUUUGUACCACAAUGACGUUUGCUCUGUAUACCAUUAUAAUAAUUGUACAUUCUAUUUUCUACUUUUUCUGCAGAUUUUUGUUGUAUUUUUUUUUUUUUUUUUUUUUUUGCCGGAUAUUAGUGUGUUAUAUAAUUUAUUUAACAUAUUUAAUUGUAUAAUAUAAUUUUGUUAUGUGAUACAACAAAGCAAGUUUGCAAUGAUGCCAAUCUUUAUUAAAAUGGUUUAAACUUUAAAUCCUUACUUGUUAGAAGUGAUGACUAUAAUUUAAUAUGUUUGCAAUAAUUUAAUAUGUUUCCGUGAUAAAAGCCAGACAAACCUUCAUACAUUUGUACCGCAUGACCCGCCUCAAAAUGGCAAUUUCUAAAUUUGAUGUAAGUUUCUUAAAUUACCAAAAAAAAAUUCAUAAAAUAUGAUUGUUAACGUACUGAAUGUGAGAGUGACCAGCCUUUGUCUCCAGUAUAGAGCCAGGCCAGUUUGUACAGCUCUUUUAUUAGUAGCUCACCAACUUCAUAUUUUCAUCAUAAUAUCCCACAAAAACUGAAAAUGAACAGUUCUAUAAUAGAAGCUGGACAAGUCACUCUCAGAAAGUCAGGGUUAACCAAUAUUGACAAUAUAGUGACCAUGAUGAUGAUAAUAAUUAUAAACAUGUAGAUUUAACUAUAAACAAAAUAUAUAUUUCACUUAAUCUACAUACUUGUAUUUAGGAAUAAGGGGGUAAUUCUUCGUUAAAAGUUCUAUAAAUUAAGUAUAUAUAAAUGUUAGCGAAAAGGAGUGGCAUCUGUGUUAACAAGCGCGCGGUGUGAGUGCUGAAUUAUAAUGAAGGGGAAAAUGAUCUCAAAAUCAUUUUGUAGUGCAUACAGAUAAAGUAAUUGUUUUUAAUUUUAUAUUACAUUUGUUAUUUAUUUCAUUAUUCAGAAGUGAAUUAACUUCGCAGUGUAUCUACAAGUACAAUAUUCGCUCAUGUUAAGUUGUAUAUAACUGAUGACGUUUUUUUGUUGUUUUGUUUGUUAAUUAAGUCAUAACGUUGUUGUAUUUGGGUGUAUGUCACAUUUACGACGUAAACCUAAAGUAAAAUGGAAAAAAAUAAAGUGAAUUUAAAUCUU